AUCCUUUCCACACACUCCUUGCUCACAUUACAACUAUGGCUGUCAGCGACAUAAGUCAUCUCAACCAAAAAGGAAACAACAACUCAGAGUAAAGAGAGAAAAAAGCCGCCCACAGUUACACUAUAGGCUGAAAGUUAUCUAGUGUAGUAAUCAUUUGAGAGUACCAUGUGGGACAUUGGAGGCUUGGAUGCAUGUCAGCAGCUUUGAAGAGUCUCUUCUGAAGAUCGUCCUCUGACCCUGCUGGACUGAACUGCUUAACACUUGAAACAUCUCUGGAAUGUGUCUGAAACUUUCCACCCACACUACAGCUUCGUUUUAAACACCUCCUAACAGAAACAACAGGUGAAUUCUAACCAUCACAGUGAAAGAAAACUAAAGACACAAUGAACGCCACGAACACCCCAAACUUUACCCUGUGUGUUGACAUUGCCGACAGCGCCAUCAGUGACUUUUUGAUGUCCAUUUACAUUAUUGUUUUUAUAUUUGGUUUGAUCUUCCAUGUGCUGACCCUGGGCCCCAUUUGCCAACAAGUGCGGCGGCAAAACGUUCUGGGGAUCUUCCUGCUCAACCUGUCGCUCUCUGACAUUCUCUUCAUCCUUACUAUGCCCCUUUGGAUCAACUAUUACAAACGGGACCACCAUUGGGAGCUCGGUGCUGCUUCCUGCAGUGUAGCUGGCUUCAUCUACUACUCCAACAUGUACAUCAGCCUCUACCUGCUCUGCAGCAUCUCCAUAGACCGCUGCCUGGUGGUCACCUUCCCACUCCGCUCCAAGUCCCAGCGUACGUCCCGCUACGCCUGGGCACAGUGUGCAGCUGUGUACGCUGUGGUGAUAACUCUGCACAUCAUGGUACUGAUCAAUGACAAUCUCACUGACGCCCACGAUGAGGUCAACGACAAUGACCGUUGCUAUGAAACGUACCCCAUUACCCCCCCUGUCGCCUUGUUCAACUUGGUCAGAGUAGGCAUCGGCUUCCUGCUGCCCCUGCUGGUGUUGGCCGUGAGCUACUGGAGGGUGCUGGCCACCGUGGGCCAGAGUCCCGGCCUGAGCGCCCAGGCUAAAAGGAAGGUCCGCAUGCUGUCCUUUGGGGUGAUUGGCAUCUUCUCCAUCUGCUUUGCUCCAUAUCACAUUCUCCUGCUCAUCCGCUCACUUGUCUUCUACAGCAGUGAUAGCAUAGAAGCUGAAGGAAGUUACUGCCAGUUUGAACAAAAAAUGCACUUUUAUUUCUCAUGUACACUGGCAAUGUCCAGUCUGAACUGCGUGGUGGACCCUGUGCUGUAUGUGUUGGUAAGUAACGGAGUCCAGGAAGAUUUGAAACUGUGCUGGAGGAGGCAUAGAAGGACACAGACAGGCACAGACCCAGCUUUAACUGCAUACAACAGAGGGACGUCUAAUAAUAACCACCUAAUAUGAAAGUAAGCUGUAAGAUGGUGUGUGUGAGUUUGGGUGUGCGUGCGUGUGUGUGUGCGUGUGUGCGCAUACAACUACAUGCUCUUGCAUAAGCUUUUUAAAGUCAUGGCUUUAUUUUCAGAGGUGUCGAGAAUAGCAUGAAUAAUACAUUCAAGAAUCAACCCUUCUUCAGACAAUCAGUUAUUGUUAUUUUCUACCUCAUAUCCUGCACGAUGUAGAGCGGGAGGGGUGAGGGGGGGGUUGAAUUAUAUGCAUCUCCGUGCUCUGUAAUUAGAUUGCAUUCCCAGGUUCUGCUCUCUCAAGAGGUCUUCAGACACUUCUGGUUCCUGGCUGGACACUGCAGGAGUUGAAGAGCACUUGCGUUUUCCUACCAAUCUAUACAAGGAUAUUGUGAUUGUGAUUGUGUGACCCAAAGUGCAACUCUAAAGCAUGCAAAAACAUCAUUUUAUUAGCAUGACCAUAUACCUUGUCUAAAUGUCGGCAAAUGCCAUGUUGAAUGUAAAUCCAAAUAAAAAAGUGGUUUGAACAGAU